AUGACGUCUCUACUCGAGAAAACCUCGACUUUCAUCUCCUCGUAUAUCUCUCGGUUCCGCUUCCUGAUACAAUCAGGCCAUAAUACCCGGGUUGUUAUUUCUGCGCUAUCGGCUGCGGCGGUGGCAUUGACCCUUCCUCGUAUCUAUCGUGAUUAUCGGACUUUUCUCUCCUAUGGGCCCGGGGGAGUGCCGUAUAACUUUAUUGGGUGGUUUGCGGCUAGUGUGAUUCUUCCACCGUGGGGGAGGGAGAUGUUCUCGACCGGGGUGUAUGAGGCGAAGAUUACGGCGGGGGAGACGACAAGCUAUCUAGGUGAUGAAUGGAACAACAUGCGCAAGAGAGACCAUCGACCUCAGGUUGGACCGCAUAUUGUACCGCAGAGACAGAUUACGGAGUUUCCUUCGGAGGAGAUUAAGGAGAAACUGAAUCGGGAUUUCUACGCCUUCGCCAAUCGCAACCAACACCUCGUCGCACUUGCCCCGUCGAAGCUCGAACUUCACGCCGAUGCCCUCUUUCUCGCCGAGGGUCUUGUCCCGACUCCCGCUGCUCAGCAGAUGAGGGGCGAGCUUGCGCAUAUCCAUCGGUUGAAGGACUUCUCGCUGCAUGUGACUUUGGCUCCUGCUGACUGCAAGAAAGUGAUUGAAGCUGGUUGGGGGCAACGGCAUAGAUUAUCUGGGGUUCAGGUUCCGAAGGCACUUUUUGGAGGAAAAGUCAUCUCGCUUCCGUCGGAAUAUGUUUUGAUUUAUGCCCCACGCACUGAGCAAGAGGCUGCGUUUGUGGUGGAGAUCAUUGGUGCUAGUGUCAAGUAUAUGACUGGAUCCUUGGAGGUUAGGUAG